CCAAUAAAGAAAUGACUCACACCACUUGUCUUCCGUAUCGUCUGCCUCACUUCUACUUCAUUAUUCACUUACUUUGGGUUCUAUCCACAUGGCAUGGCUCUCAAGGUCGUCUAUUGUUUUAGUCGUUAAGAUACUUAUAUCGCUAGUUUUUAAUCAGCUGAUAAAAUAAUAUGCUUACGAAGCGACUUGAAAAAGCAGACAGACUUUUUUCCCCCCUUCAAAUAAUUUCUUACAUUUGAUUCGAUUCCGUUAAACAAAAUGUCUAUAUCCAUACGCACAGAUUGUUUUGGAGAAAUAAUAGGAAAAGAUGGCUCUGUUCAAAAAGUGGAUCGCUUUACAAUGUCAAACGGAAACAUUGAAUUGCAAAUCAUCAACUAUGGAGCUUGUAUUACAUCUCUCAAAAUACCAGAUAAGGAUGGGAAGAUGUGUGAUAUAGUAAUGGGAUUUGAUAAUGUCUCAGGUUAUAUUAAUCAUUCACAAUAUUUUGGAUGUACCGUUGGAAGAUAUGCUAACAGAAUCGCCAAAGGUCAAUUUACAUUAGAGGAUAAAACGUAUUCUUUAGCGAUAAACAAUGGACCUAAUCAUUUGCAUGGUGGCAUAAAAGGGUUUGACAAGUUUAUUUGGGAUUCAGCCGUGCAAAAUAAUAAAGUAAUAUUAUCUCGCCUAAGUCCAGCAAUGGAAGAGAAUUAUCCUGGAGAACUGCAGUGUUACGUUAUAUUUGAAUUAACAGAUGGAAAUGAAAUUAUUAUCCAUUAUGAAGCUACAACAACAGAAAAGACCCCGAUAAAUUUGACAAAUCAUUCAUAUUUCAAUCUUGCAGGCCAUGGAUCUGGAAAAAUUCACGAUCAUUUAAUUUCGCUCAAUGCUGAUUACUAUACCCCCGUCGAUGAAAAUCUUAUACCAACAGGAAGUAUCUGUUCAGUCGAUUCAACACGUUUUGAUCUCCGUGAACCAAAGCUUAUAGGCACUUUACUUGAACAAAAUCCCGAAGGAUAUGAUCACAAUUUUUGUGUUAAUGGUGAUCCAGGGAUUGAAAGGAAAGUGUCUAGUGUUCAUCACACAGAGAGUGGACGGUACUUGGAAGUACAUAGCACACAGCCUGGUGUUCAGUUUUACACAGCUAACUUUUUACCUGAAGAUAACACAUUGCAAGGGAAGGAAGGAAAGUAUUAUCAGAAGCAUGGUGCAUUUUGUCUUGAAACACAAAAUUAUCCAGAUGCUAUAAAUCAGGCAAACUUUCCAACUGCAAUCUUAAAUCCCGAUGAAGUUUACAACCAUGUAACAAGACUGUCAUUUUCAGUGAAAUGAAUUUCAAUUGCAAAUUUGUAUGUAUUUUUUAUAAUAAAACUUCUGAAGCAAGUUUCAAA